AUGUUUAUCUUUCUUCAAAGUAAAGUAGUUGAUCAAGAAGAACAAAUUCAAACAUUAGUCAAAAAACGUCGUGAUGAUCUUGAAAAACUGAAAGAAUUUGAACGUACUAAAAUUCAACUUGAUCAAUUACAAUCAUAUAAACGUGAAGCUCAAGAACGUAUUAAAGAAUUAAAUGAUAAAUUACAACAACAAGAAAAUGAAUGUAAAGAUACACGAGAUAAAUUUGCUGCUUAUCGUGAUGAAAUGACAGAUACGGAAAUACGUAUUGAAUCACUUGCACUUGAUCUUGAAAUGGCUGAAGAAAAACUUGAAAUUGUCACAUCAGAAAAUACAACACUAAAAGAAAAAUUAGAAGAAGUUCAAUUAGAAUUAGAUGUUAUUAAAGGUGAAAUACAAUUGAAUGGUAAUAAUCAUGUAGCGAAUGGUAUACAAAAGAGAAUUGAUGAUGAACGUACAAUUAAAAUGGAACAAGCAUUAAUUCAAUUACGAGAUUUAUCAGUAUCAAGACAAAAGGAUAAUGAAAUAUUAAAAAAACAAUGUGAAACAUUAGAACAUACUGUUAAAGUUUUGACAAAAGAAAAUGACAAUGCAAAAACAGAUAUUACAACAAUGCAAACAACAAUUGCGGAUUUAAAAGAACAAGUAGAUACAUGUUUAGGUGCUCAACAAAUGGUUGAUAUUUUAACAACGAAAAAUCUAUCACUUGAAGAUCAAGUUCGAGAAUUACAAGAAACAGUUGAUAAUCUUGAAUCACUUUGUGAAAUGGAUAAAGAAAUGGAAGAAAAUGCUAAAGAAGUUGAACAUGAUCUUCGUGAAACUAUUGAUUUAGUACAAAAUCAACUUCGUGAGAAAGAACGUCAAAUUGAACAACUUCAUUAUACUAUUGGUGAUCAUGAAAGAACCAUACUAAAAUUUCGUGAGACUCUUAAAAAUAUGCAAUCUGAAAAAGAAGAUAUUAAAAAACAAAUCGAAAAAUAUGACGCACAACUUAAAUUAGCUAGCUCAGCUCAAUCAAGUGAUUUUAAAACAAAAAUUGUUGAAAUAAAAACUUAUGGAGAAAUCAUUGAGGGUGAAGUAAAAAAAAUUGAUGUGCACAAUUUAUCACGACAUGUUCAAUAUUUAACAUUAUUUCUUCCGGAACAAUUUACAAGACGUGGAGCAGAUCAUGAUUGUGUACUUGUUUAUUUACUUAUACAACGAUUAAUUUCGAAAAGUGAUUUAUUAAUAAAUGAAAUUCAAAAAAAAAACGGAACGAAUUGA